AUCGUCUUCACCUCAAUUACCGACGCAAAGCUGAACCUCUAAUCUCAAAUUCUUCAAAGAUUCAUCUCCUUUACAGAAGCCAAAAUUCAAGAAAUCGAAGAACAGAUUUCUUUUCGAUUUUCAUGUUCAUGAUUAAAUCCAUACCAUCAAAUCUUCGCCUUUGAUCUUAGGGUUUCGGUUUGCUCUCAUUUCUCUCGUAGAUGCCGACGGAUCUCCGUCAAGUCACAACUUCUUCCCUCGCCACGCCUCCAAUCGCCGAAUUCGAAGACAGGGUUCACAGCGAUCCCGUGUUCUCGUCGCAAUGCCACGGCGUCUUGUAUAAUGCCAUGUUGGUGGUGCCAGCGGUGCUCUUCGUGGUGUAUCUGGCGGUGCACGCGAGGAAGAACGUUAGAAAGCUGCGCAAUGGGAGGUCGUACGUUAUGAUUUCCUAUUACGCCCUUCUCUGGAUCGCAAGCGGAUUUAAUCUAGCCUGGUGCUGUCUUCAGGCGUGGCAAUGCUCUCCUGCAAAGGAAGUAGCUUGGAAUCUCAUAUCUUUGUUUACCACAUCGGGAUUGUUGUGUUUGGAAGUUAGUCUGAUUGCUUUCUUACUUCAAGAAAGUUAUGCCAGUGGGUUGGAAGCUUUAGCACAUAAUUUCAUUGUCUCAGGAAUCAUUGUUGGCGUGGACAUGCUUUUCAAGGCAAUUUUUGUAUUUGGAUUUGGGGUCCCACUGUUCAUUGGUGUUGGGAGCUCUCACCGUGGGAAAUGGGGCUUGUGGAUCAUCCACAAUAUAUUACUUACUGCAGUUUAUGGCUUCAUUCUGUUUGUGCAUUUCUCAAAAUGGAGAGAGAAGUUACCUUCCAGACCAGCAUUUCACAACUAUGUGAUUGUCAUGUUUGCCAUUAAUGCUACUGCAAUGUUUGCUUGUGGACUUGCCGGUCUUGGAGCAGGCAUUGGCAUUUGGUUGUACAAUCUUACCGUUAUCUGCUAUCACGCUCUUUAUCUUCCUUUUCUGUACAUAACUUUCCUAGCAGAUUUUUUCCAGGAGGAAGAUUUUCUUUUGGAUAAUGCAUAUUACUCUGAGAUGAGAGAUGCUGGGUUUUUUGAUGCAGAUUGGGAUUAGUUAAUAUACUCAUACUCUUGCUAAGUCUGGUUGUAUACUUUGUAAAUAAAUUCAAACUGAGCUAUGGUUGAAGACCCUUUAUAAAUCCUGCAUGUGUUA